UUGGUUUAUGGUAAAAUAAUGGCGGCGCUCGUCUGCAUAGUGGUGUCGGCGAAAGACACCAAUGGUAAUUCAAUUUUUUCUGCUGUGGCAAUGUGUCAUCGGAUUACGGAUGAUUUUAGCGAUUUAUUCAUCGCAGCCGCAUCAUCAUCAGGCCUCGAAAUGUCGCCCGAAUGCGUGAAUUCUGUAAAUAUCUGCAGUAAAGUUGGUAGUAGCGAUAGAAUAAAAAUUUCGAACAUCAGCAUGCAACUAAAUGUCGCAGUAGAACUUGACAAAAAAAUGGUCGAAUAUACAAUUAAUUCUGCACGACUUCCAUCAACAAGUUCAAACUCCAAUGCAUUCACAGUUUUAAUGAACAAGCCCAAGGUAUGCAUUAUGCCAAAAAAAUAUGAAGUAAACACAAGCUCAAAAGUAAAGAAACUUUCUGGUCCACAACAACUGUACUGCGACUUGAUUGAUUGGGCCCAAAGUACUGGGUGUGGAUGGCCAUCUGAUAUUGUCGAGGACAGUGGAAAACAAGCCCUUAAAUCUCUCAGCAAUGCCUUGUGGUACGUAGAUCACUGCCAUGCAAGACUGAAAGAUGCCAGUUGUCAUGUUCCAACUGAAUUAAACAAAUUUCAAAAUUACAACAACUACAAAUUACUUUGGCACAGACCACCUAUUGUAAAGGCAGCCAGACUUGGCGAAUUGGUUGGUGAUCUAUACUCCGCCCUUAGUUUGCCAUCAUUGAGUGAUAAACGAAACACAGUGUUAGCCAAAAUCAUGGGUGAAUUAGCAGAAUCUCUAAAACAAUACAAAGACAGACUUGAAAAUGAUAACCAAAACACCAAAACAUAAGUCAUAAAAGAGAAACAGCUAACUGCGGUGACUCGAACUCGGUUUGCAUAGAUCUUGUAACACCGUCCAAUGUUAAAGAAGAAUAUAGUCAUUUAAAUUUGACAGUAGUGAAAACAUCAGAUUAUACCUAUGUGCACCUUGACAAGUUUUGUCCCGAUAAUCGUAUUGAACGUCGCAAAUUCAUCAAAAACCUUCGUUUGUCCAAACCGAUUAUGUUGUAUAGGGUUGCUUAUGGAGGAAGCAUAGGAACAUUAAAUUUCAUUUGGAGUGUUCCAGCAGGUCAAACAGAAGACAAAACAUCCCGCAACAUGAAAGUUAUCUCUCAAAUUUCAGAAGAUCUUCCGACGUUCUCAAGCAGGGCUAUGAGACAAGAAUUUAUUGACAAGUUUAUAAGUUAUGUGAAAUGCCCAAAGUCAGUCAUUAGACACAUGUAUUUUAGCCUAACAGGGCAUGAAGAAAGUGCCAAUUCUUCCAGUGAAAAAGAAAUUAAUGAAAGGGUGUCGAAGAUCAUAGGCGCAGAUGACUCUCAGUUAUUGAUUGAUUUACGAGCAACUAAUGGCUCUUAUACAUAUUAUGAUGCCUUUUUUGAAGAAAUGGGAAAGUUCUUUGAAGAACAGAUUUUACAGGUCAGUGAAAGACGAAAAUGUGAUGAAAUGUAUUUGCCAUAGGCAAUUUCAAUAGAGACUUUAAAGAAUGACAUUUGUAAAAGAGUGCCUGAUGGAACACCCAUUCCUAGCAAUGAAACGAUCCGACUGCAGUUUUGUUCCAGUAAUCCAUUUCAUAAAACUGCUUUAAGGUACACUGGUCAGUUCAAUGUUAAAUUCCGUGUGCAGACACGCUAGGCAAGAGUUUCACAUCCUGAUUCACACUAUGCUGCAAAAUACUUUCAGCAUAUGAAAGAAUUUUGUGUGAUGUUUAGAGACAGUGCUAUGUUCUUAUGCAUGGACGACAAGGCAAUAGUUCCAGUGGGAGAACCAGGAAUCCCUAUAUCGACUGGAGUAAGAGGGCAUAACAAGGUUCUAACACCUUCAGAGGGACCUGUAUUAGUUGCAACUGACCAUGAUUUUCAUCUUUGCGGUCUUGUUCCUUCAGUUGUUCUUGUCACAGAAAUUCCUAGGGACUCCAAAGACAGCUUCUUCUCAGGGGACAUGCAUGUGACAACAAAAGAAAAGGUAUUCAGCCCAUCUAGCCCAUUUAGACAUGCUGCUGAAGUUAUUGAACUCGUAAGAUUAAAUGAUGCCUACUCUGCAGAUGGAUUAAAUUUGAGAACCCCAAUCAUGUGCCUUUAUACUGAUGGAGGACCGGAUCAUAGAGUCACUUAUGAAACGGUUAAGUUGUCGCUCACUCUUAUCUUCAUGCAUUUAGAUUAGGACAUGCUAAUUGCACUCCGAACGGCACCAUCACAUAGUUGGACCAACCCAGCUGAACGUUGCAUGUCCAUUUUAAAUUUGGCCUUGCAGCAUGUUGCGCUAGACAGAAAUGAAAUGGAAGAGAAGUAUGAACAGAUGGUUAAAAACUUGUCUUCUCUAACUGCAGUAAGAAACCAAGCCAGACUAAAAGUCUCACAAAUGAGCUUGAAAGGAAACCCUGUUAAAACUUUGAAAGGGGCAUCAGAUAAAGAGAUCACAUCCAUCUUAGAUAUCACUGGUGUUGGCUUUGGAGCAGAUAGUCCAGUAGCCACAGCUGACACAAAAAGCGCUGAAUUGAAGAAAAGCAAGCAUCUGCAGGAUUUCUUUGAGAGGCAUGCAGAAUCAGGCCACUACUGCUUCCAGUUAAAGAAGUGUUCAUCCGAUGAAUGUGGUUACUGCUCCGUCAACCCAGUCCGAGAUCAGGAUGUUUUUGACCGCCUCAGGUUCCUCCCUGAACCAAAGCCGGACGAAAAUGGUGAACACUACCUACCAUUCAGUGAGUUGUUUGGGAAAGCCCUGACCCGUGACAAGUACAGACCCUCAACCAGACCAUGUGGAACCUAUGAUGAGGAAUUACAAAACCAUGAUAAAGAGACUCGAGAAAUUUUGAGGAAUGAGAAGCUUCGAGAUGCUGUCCUUUGCGGAGAAUGUAGCAGGCCAAGAUGUGUCUUCAGUCCAAACAAGCUUGACCGACAACAGGAGGAAUUCUUGCGGAACAUUAAGGCAUGCCAUUCGUAUAUCUAUGGAGAUCAGUUGGAAGAUGCACCUGACCUGUAUGUUCGGAGAUGCGUGACCUGCAGCUCUGAGGUGGAAACAGCUUAUUUCUCAGCCAAGUGUCGGCAUUACCUACCACCAGUGUGCAUCCACUGUGGAUCUCCUGACUGUCUGUUAGAUGACAACGAUGCAUAUGUUGCAGAUUUGUAUACAAAAUAUUCCAUAGUCAGGCCAAUUUGUGUGUCUUGUCGACAUUCUGGAAAAGAGGCAAAAACAUGGGGCGCCAAGAAGUUUGUAAAAAAACAAAAAGUCAAAUGAACUCAUUCAAGCCUUCAAAAGUUCUUAAUUUGAUUUGGUUUGUAAAUGAGACCAAAGCAAAAGUAUGUGUUUAUGAUGACCAUCAUCAUCAUGUUUAUAAAUGUUAACAUGUUGUGAUUGAAAAUGAAAAAUCAUGGAUUGGAAUAAAUAGCAAAUGCUUUAACUUUUAAAAAUAUUAGUGUUUCGUAUUUUCCAGUUUAAUUUCUAUUUCUACAGAUUUUAAUUGUUUUGUGUUAAGAUUAAAGUUGAUACUAGUCAUUUGUGAUGGCACUUUUCUUGGAAAAGUAUGUUUUAUUGUAAAUUGAUGUGUUUUUUAAAUAGUCACGCUAAAUAUUGUUCUACUACUAUUGUUAUAAAUAUAUAUUAUAGUACUAGUCAUUUAAUAAAUAUACUAGAACUGAUACUAGUCUUUUUAUGCCCCCGGUAGGGUGGCAUAUAGCAGUUGAACUGUCCGUCCGUCUGUCUGUCCGAAAACUUUAACAUUGGCCAUACUUUUUGCAAUAUUGAAGAUAGCAACUUGAUAUUUGGCAUGCAUGUGUAUCUCAUGGAGCUGCACAUUUUGAGUGGUGAAAGUCAAGGUCAUCCUUCAAGGUCAAAUAUAUGGGUCAAAAUUGCUCAUGUAAUGUCACUUCUGCAAUAUUGAAGCUAGCAAUUUUAUAUUUGAAGUGCGUGUGUAUCUCAAGGAGCUGCACAUUUUGAGUGGUGAAGUGUCAAGGUCAUCCGUCAAGGGCAAACGUCAUAUAGGGGGACAUUGUGUUUCACAAACACAUCUUGUUCUUUAUAUGUAUUAGUGAAAACAUGUGAACACUAGAAGUCACAUUUUUGGCCCAAUUUUCAUGAAAUUUUGUCAGAACAUUUGUUUCCUUGAUAUGAGAGUUGAGUUUGAAAAUGGUUCUGGACAUUUGAAUAACAUGGCUGCCUGGGGGGGGGGGGGCAGCUUUCCUUAUUUGGCUAUAGAGAAACCAUGUAAACACUCUAGAAGUCACAAUUUUUGCCCAAUCAUCAUGAAAGUUGGUCAAAACAUUGGUUUUAUGAUAUCUCGGACGAGUUUGAAAAUGGUCCAGAUUGGUGAAAAAAUAUGGCCGCCAGUGGGUGGGGCAUUUUUCUCUAUAUGUAUAUAGUGAAAGCAUGUGAACACAAGAAGUCACAUUUUUGUCCCAAUUUUCAUGAAAUUUGGUUAGAACAUGUGUUUACUUGAUAUGAGAGUUGAGUUCGAAAAUGGUUCCAGUCAGUUGAAAAACAUGGCUGCCGGGGGGGGGGGCAGUUUUCCUUAUUUGGCUAUAUAGAAACCUUGUAAACACUCUAGAAGUCACAAUUUUUGCCCAAUCAUCAUGAAAGUUGGUCAAAACAUUGGUUUUAUCGAUAUCUCGGACAAGUUCCAAAAUGGUCCAGAUCGGUGAAAAAACAUGGCCGCCAGUGGGCGGGGCAUUUUUCUCUAUAUGUAUAUAGUGAAAACAUGUGAACACUCUAGAAGUCACAUUUUUGGCCCAAUUAUUUUCAUUAAGUUCGGUCAGAACAUUUGUUUCCUUGAUAUGAGAGUUCAGUUGAAAUAUGGUUCCGGUCAGUUGAAUAACAUGGCUGACAGGGGGGGGGGGGGGCAGUUUUCCUUAUUUGGCUAUAUAGAAACCUUGUUAACACUCUAGAAGUCUCAAUUUUUUCCCAAUCAUCAUGAAAAUUAGUCAAAACAAUGGUUUUAUUGAUAUCUCAGAAGACGAGCUCGAAAAUGGUCCAGAUCGGUGAAAAAACAUGGCCGCCAGUGGGCGGGGCAUUUUUCUCUAAAUGUAUACAGUGAAAACAUGUUAACACUCUAGAAGUCACAUUUUUGGCCCAAUUUUCAUGAAAUUUAGUCAGAACAUUUGUUUCCUUGAUAUAAGAGUUGAGUUCAAAAAUGGUUCCGGUCAGUUGAAUAAUAUGGCUGCCUGGGGGGGGGGGCAGUUUUCUUAUAUUUAUAUAGUAAAAAAAAGCUUGUGAACACUCUAGAAAUCACAAUUUUUGCCCAAUCAUCAUGAAACUUGGUACAAAGAUUGGUUUUAUAUAUAUAUAACAUAAUUAAUGCCAUAAUUAUUGCCCAAAUUUUCACUAUAUUAUACAAAAUCCUUGUAAACACUUUAGAGGUCACAAUUUUGUUUCAGAUUUAAUGAAUCUUGGUCAUAAUAUUUAUUUUUGUAAGCAAAGUUGGAUGUUUGGUAAGGGGGGGGGGGGUCAACUCAAAAUAUAGGUAACCAGGUCAAAUCUUACAAAAACAAAAACACUCCAUAUGCCAGAGUUUUGGUUCAAUAAUGAUGAAACUUGACCAGGAUGUUUGUCUGGACAAUAUCUAGGUCAAGUUUGACGUUUGGUAAAGAUUGAAUGAACCGACUCCUCUCAGGUGAGCGAACUAGGGCCAACUUGGCCCUCUUGUCAUGAAUUUAAUUCUAUUUUAUUUUGUGCUGCCAUAGAUAUCUAGUUUGUUAUACCCCCAUUACCAUUGGUAAUUGGGACUAUAUAGGAGUCACUUUGUCGGUCCGUCUGUCUGUCGGUCUGUCCCGAAAUUUCAUCCGAUCUUCACCAAACUUGGUCACAAGUUUUAUCUAGACAAGGUAUAGGUCAAGUUUGAAUAUGGUUCCUGCCGGGUCAAAAACUAGGUCACGGGGUCACUUAGUGUGUUUUAAACUGAAAGUUUGUCUGGACAAUAACCAUGUCAUUUAUCAUUAGAUUUAAAAAAAACUUGGUGCAUUUGUUCACCAUCAUGGGACAGUGUGUUGUGUGAAAAAAGUAUGCCGAUAUCUCCAAGGUCAAGGUCACACUUGGAGUUAAAAGGUCAAAUGCUUGUCCAGUCCAUAACUUUGUCGUUCAUUGUGAGAUUUUAAAAUCAUUUGGCAAAUUUGUUCACCAUGAUUGGACGGUGUGUCGCGCGAAAGAAUUAUGUCGAUAUCUCCAAGGGCAAGGUCACACUUGGAGUUCAAAAAAAAUGACCACAAAUGAGCUUGUCCGGGCAAUUACUAUGUCGUUCAUUGUGAGAUUUUAAAAUCAUUUGGCACAUUUGUUCACUAUCAUUGGAUGGUGUGUCGCGCGAAAGAAUUAUGUUGAUAUCUCCAAGGUCACACUUGAAGUUUAAAGGUUAAAAAAUGGCCAUAAAUGAGCUUGUCCGGGCCAUAACUAUGUUGUUCAUUGUGAGAUUUUAAAAUCAUUUGGCACAUGUUUUCACCCUCAUUGGCCAGUGUGUUGCUCAAAAGAAUUACGUCGAUAUCUCCAAGGUCAAGGUCACACUUUGAGUUCAAAGGUCGAAAAUGGCCAUAAAUGAGCUUGUCCGGGCCAUAACUAUGUCAUUAAUUGUGAGAUUUUAAAAUAAUUUGGCACAUUUUUUCACCAUCAUUGGACAGUGUGUCGCGCGAAAGAAUUACAUCCAUAUCUCCAAGGUCAAGGUCACACUGUGAGUUCAAAGGUCAAAAAUGGCCAUAAAUGAGCUUUUCCGGGCCAUAACUAUGUCAUUCAUUGUAAGAUUUUAAAGUUACUUGGCACAUUUGUUCACAAUCAUUGGACAAUGUGUCAUGCCAAAGAAUUAUGUCAAUAUCUCCAAGGUCAAGGUCACACUUGGUGUUCAAAAGUGAAAAAUGGCCAUAAAUGAGCUUGUCCAGGCCAUAACUAUGUCAUUCAUUGUGAGAUUUUAAAUGACUGUACAUUAAUUUCGUGCACAGUCAUUGGACGGCAUGUCAUGCUAAAGAAUUCAUGAGUGCAAAGGUCAAAAUUGCCAUAAAUAAUUGUGGCAUAAUAAUUCUUAAAAAUCACCAUAAAUUAGACUCUUGUUUUGUGAAGACAGCAUUCAAAAUAGUCUGUGUCAAUGCUGCUGGUGGGUGUAUACGUCACAUCUGUGACAAAGCUCUAGUUGUGUGUUAACUCAGUUCAAAAGCUCAGUAUAACUUAUAUUUUGCAAAGACAGUGUAAAUAACAUUUUCUUGACUGAACUUUAAGCCCUGUGGGUCAAAAGGUGCCUGGCCCUGGGUGUACCAGUGUGACAUUUACUCAUACAGUUCUUCUCUGAAAUCAAUAAAACCCAUGGCUUUCAUAUUUAGUGACCUGAAUCAUUAACUACUGGUCCAUUUCACAAUUUAUUCAAAUUCUGCCCCUAUGGUCAAAAGAGGUGUCACAAGUUUAUAUUGAAUUCUAAGGAUGACUUAUACAGGGAAAACCUUCACAAAUCUUGUCUGAAAUGUUCAAUACCAUGGGUUUAUGAUUUGCCUCAUAAUAACAGCUAUAGGUGGGCCAUGUUCUGUGAAAAGGGGGUUAAAUGCAUGUGCAUAAUGUGUCUUUCCAGGCCUGUGCAGUCAGCACAGGCUAAUCAGGGACGACACUGCCUAUACUGGAUAUCAUAAAAGCGGAAAUUGUCGUCCCUUACAAGCCUGUGCAAAUUGCACAGGCUUAUCUGGGACAACACUUUAUGCACUUUAAACUUCCUUCCAGAGCAAGGCCAAGAGGUUCUCUUCAAAGUUUCUUCAGUUUAUGUCACUGGGGUGAAAAGUGGCCUUGCCUCGAGGAUCACUAGUUUGUAUUGACCAAUGUAGGGAAACCCUGAACAAAUAUUUUGCUCAAGCAUUCACAGUCCAACAUGUGCAAUGUAGGCAUCAGAGUCUGUGCAACAUUUAUAUUUUUCUGCGUUUGAAUAUUGUUUCCCCAAAAUGUUGUGAUCUCAAUCCCUCUUAAAAUGCUUAAUGUUUUCACUACAUGUUCUGUUGGUCAUAAAAUAACAAGAUUUGUUGCUGCUACAAUUUUGGUAGAAAAAUGUCAGUUGUCAUUUUUCUCCACUUUAGAAUAUAUGCCCCUUUGAAUUUUGUGAACUCAAUUGUGUUAUGCUUUGCAGAUUUUAUUAAAUCUUUUACAGCUGAAGAACCUUCAGCUGAAAGUGAUUGAAAAGGAAGGAAUUUGGCUGUAAACAAUUCUGGCAGAAUUAUGACCCUUUUAAGCAAUUUCUUUUAAACUUACUGGGGAAUUUUCCUUGUCCAAUCUUGUGCAGUAGUUGUAACAAUGUCUUUGACUCAUCCAGGUUUUACAUCAACACAAGCUUUAUUUUAGCUUAUAUGUUUUUUUAACAUUGUUGUUGAUAAAACAAGCUCUGUAUCUGUUGUUCAGGUUUGGUCCAACUACCGGACUUCAAUCACUCUGUAUCU